UUUGAAACUUCACGAAAGAGAGACACUACUCUAAAAGCAAACUAUUUUGCGGCUGCUAUUUAAGUAGGUAGUGCACGAGGAACAUCUUCGCGAAGCUUCUGGUAGAAAUAUCUUUGUUAUUAAGUGAAACUAUAAUUAAACGGCACAAUGGCAAUGGCACUGAACCCAGUACAGAUUAUGAAGGCAGAAGCCGAGGAGGAGAGAUCAGAGACAGCUCGUCUCUCCUCCUUUGUUGGAGCCAUAGCAGUUGGUGACCUGGUUCGCUCCACCCUUGGACCCAGGGGCAUGGACAAAAUUCUGGUUGCCAUGGGAAGGAGUGAAGGUCAGAUUGAGGUCACAAAUGAUGGUGCUACAAUUCUAAGGAACAUUGGUGUUGAUAAUCCAGCUGCAAAGAUUCUAGUGGACAUAAGUAAAACACAGGAUGAUGAGGUGGGUGAUGGAACUACAUCUGUUGUUGUUCUGGCUUCUGAACUCUUGAGAGAAGCAGAAAAGUUAGUUGCCAUGCGAUUGCACCCACAGACCAUCAUUGCUGGUUAUCGCCGAGCUACUGAUGUUGCCCGUGAAGCAUUAACAAAAUCAGCCCAAGAUAAUUCUUCUGAUCCAGCAAAAUUCAGAGAAGAUCUCUUGAAGAUAGCCAAAACUACUCUCAGCUCAAAGAUCCUAUCACAACAAAAAGAAUUCUUUUCCAAUUUGGCCGUUGAUGCAGUUUUACGAUUAAAGGGAUCUGGCAAUUUAGACGCAAUUCAAAUCAUCAAAAAGCAGGGUGGCACAUUGGGAGACUCCUUUUUGGAUGAAGGUUUUAUACUCGAGAAAAAGAUUGGUGUAAAUCAACCGAAGCAUAUUGAAAAUGCCAAAAUUUUGGUGGCUAACACUCCCAUGGACACUGACAAAAUCAAAGUGUUUGGAUCCAAGAUUGCUGUUGAAUCUACUGCAAAGGUAGCAGAAUUAGAAUUAGCAGAAAAGGAGAAGAUGAAGGCCAAAGUACAGAAAAUCCUGAAGCAUGACAUAAAUGUAUUUAUUAACAGACAGUUGAUUUACAAUUAUCCUGAGCAGUUGUUUGCUGAUGCUGGGGUCAUGGCUAUUGAACAUGCUGAUUUUGAUGGCAUUGAAAGGUUAGCAUUAGUAACCGGUGCAGAAAUUACAUCAACUUUUGAUAAUCCAGAACUGGUGAAACUUGGACAUUGUGAUCUCAUUGAAGAGUGUAUUAUUGGUGAGGACCGCAUGAUUCGCUUCAGUGGAGUACCUCUUGGCGAAGCUUGCACUGUUGUGUUGAGGGGCGCUACAAACCAGAUUCUUGAUGAGGCUGAAAGGUCACUCCAUGAUGCCCUGUGUGUAUUGACACAGACUGUUAAGGAGACGCGUACUGGGUUUGGAGGAGGUUGCAGUGAAACACUGAUGGCUCGGGCUGUCCUAGAUGCUGCCACUCAUGUGCCAGGCAAGGAAUCUUUGGCUAUGGAAUCCUUCGCAAGGGCCCUUCUUAUGAUUCCCACCAUCAUUGCAGACAAUGCUGGGUAUGACUCGGCUCAACUAGUUGCUGAACUAAGGGCAGCCCAUGCAGAGGGAAAAUCCACUAUGGGUUUGAAUAUGGAGUUGGGAGAAAUUGCAUGCAUGAAUGAAGUUGGCAUUACUGAAAGCUACCAGGUCAAGAGACAGGUCCUGAUGUCUGGUUCCGAAGCAGCAGAGAUGAUUUUGCGAGUUGAUGACAUAAUUAAAGCAGCUCCUAGGAAGCGUACAACUGAUACAGGUUAUUGUUAAUCGAGUUGGAGAGACUUAAGAAGAAAUAUGUUAGAAAGUGAUACUAUCUCAGCCUUUUCUUACCAUUGCACAUUAAUGAAUCUUUCAACAUUUUUCACCAUCUUGCUUUACUCAACACUAAUUUAUCUAUGACUAAGCUACUAUACAUAUUGGAAUUUUUCUAAAUAAAUUCUGUUUGAAGAA